AUGGCAACCUGCACGAGCGUUCCUGUGACUAUUCCGAAAGAUGGCCCACUGACAAACGUUAUGAUCAAAGACAUUGUCAGCACAUUUUUCGCCAACGAGUGGCCCAAGGUGGAUUCGGAAACCCUCGUUAUCACACACCAAACUGGAUACGCAAACACAAACUGUGUAGUUGAACGACCAAAGCCAAAGGGUGAAACACAUUCAGAACCUCUCAAGGUGUUUCUCAAGAUCAACGGUGUACUUGACGGAGAAAUUGAGGUGUUCGAGCACUUAGUUCCCAACAAGCACGAAGAGGCACAACUAUGCUAUGAUUAUGGUCUUUCAGGCCUGGGUGCCAAGCUCUAUGGUUUCUUCCAGACACAGGAUGGUGCUUUCGGAAGGAUCGACGAGUACUUGGAUGCACGCAAUUUGGAGCCAGAAGAUGUGGAAGAUGAAAAUAUUCGAGCCGAUGUUGCAAAAGCACAUGCUGUUUUUCACGCCAUGGUAUCACAACGAAAGAAGAAACCGAUUCAGCUAUAUUACGAUGCAGUCACCGGAGGGCUUGCAAAGUAUCAUAAGAUGGACAAGUUAAAAAGGCUAGCCAACGAAGGAGGCGUUAGUCUGGAUGAUCUUGUUGAUUAUGACUUUGUGUCUAGGAUUCAACGAGUCACAGACAGGCUGGAAUCCAUCGGAGCAAAGAAUGGAUGGUGCAUCCACGAUGUUCAAUUUAUGAACGUGAUGGUGAAAAACAACCCCAAGCAAGGAGAAAGCAAAGUUGUCCUAAUAGACUUCGAGUUUGUCUUUCAGAAUUACCGAGCGUUCGACAUUGGUGGGCACUUUAUGCAAAAAAUGUUCAAGUGGUUUGACAAGGAUAGUCAAAUUGCCAACUGCAGACCUUACACAGACGAGGAGAAGAGACACUUUUGUGAGGAAUAUGCACGGCAGUGGAACGAGGCGACCGGGGAAUCAGAUACAGGGGAACAGGUCUUUAUGGAAUCUGAGCUGGGUUUUCUGCUGGCUAUCACGUUCGAUAUCCAUAACAUGCUCUGUUUUAUGGAUCAAGGCGAUGAUAAUGACCCGUUGAGCCUCUUGGGGCUUAACAAGCUCUUCAAAGAGUUCGCCAGUCAGUAUGAAAAGCUUGGACUAGAGAGUUUAGGGCAUUGCACUUAA